CCUGGACUCUCCAAAUUCUGAGCUCUCAUCAUGGCGGCGGCGGCGGCCGCGGCGGCCGUCGGGGGCCCGCAGCCGCCCCAGCCGGAGGCGGCCGCGCAGGGCCCGGCGCUGGACAAGGCGGCCACCGCGGCGCACCUGAAGGCCGCCCUCAGCCGGCCGGACAACCGUGCGGGCGCCGAGGAGCUGCGGGCGCUGCUGGAGCGGGUGUUGAACGCGGAGCGGCCGCUGGCCGGGGCUGCGGGCGGCGAGGAGGCGGCGGGCGGCGGCGGCGGCCCGGGCGCGGCCGAGGAGGACGCCCUGGAGUGGUGUAAGUGCCUUCUGGCCGGCGGCGGCGGCUACGAGGAGUUCUGCGCGGCCGUGCGGGCCUACGACCCCGCGGCGCUCUGCGGCCUGGUCUGGACGGCCAACUUCGUGGCCUACCGCUGCCGGACGUGCGGCAUCUCCCCCUGCAUGUCGCUGUGCGCGGAGUGCUUCCACCAGGGCGACCACACCGGACACGACUUCAACAUGUUCCGCAGCCAGGCCGGGGGCGCCUGCGACUGCGGGGACAGCAACGUGAUGCGGGAGAGUGGGUUUUGCAGAAGACAUCAGAUUAAAUCAAGUUCAAAUAUUCCCUGUGUCCCCAAAGACUUACUGAUGAUGUCUGAAUUUGUUCUUCCAAGAUUUAUAUUUUGUCUUAUUCAAUACUUAAGAGAAGGCUAUAAUGAACCAGCAGCUGAUGUACCAUCAGAGAAAGAUCUCAACAAAGUCCUUCAGCUUUUGGAGCCUCAAAUUUCCUUUUUAGAAGACCUGACGAAAAUGGGAGGAGCCAUGAGGACUGUUCUUACUCAGGUGUUAACAAACCAGCAGAACUACAAAGAUCUGACUUCUGGCCUUGGAGAAAAUGCUUGUGCAAAGAAAAGUCAUGAGAAGUACCUGAUAGCUCUGAAGAGCUCUGGACUGACAUACCCUGAGGAUAAGCUUGUCUAUGGGAUGCAGGAGCCAUCUGCUGGCACCAGCGCUCUGGCAGUUCAAGGUUUUGCAGGUGUUACUGGAACAUUGGGACAGGUAGAUUCUUCAGAUGAGGAGGACCAGGACGGGAGUCAAGGCUUGGGCAAGAGAAAGAGGGUAAAGCUAAGCAGUGGUACCAAAGAUCAAUCCAUAAUGGAUGUUUUAAAACAUAAAAGUUUUUUAGAAGAGCUAUUGUUUUGGACAAUAAAGUAUGAAUUCCCCCAGAAGAUGGUAACUUUCUUACUCAAUAUGCUUCCAGAUCAAGAAUAUAAGGUUGCUUUUACAAAAACUUUUGUUCAGCAUUAUGCUUUUAUUAUGAAAACACUGAAGAAAAGUCACGAAUCAGACACGAUGUCUAACAGAAUUGUGCAUAUCAGUGUUCAGUUGUUCAGCAAUGAGGAGCUAGCCAGACAGGUGACAGAAGAGUGUCAGCUCCUGGACAUCAUGGUCACUGUGCUGUUGUACAUGAUGGAGAGUUGCCUUAUUAAAAGCGAGCUGCAAGAUGAAGAAAAUAGUUUACAUGUGGUGGUGAACUGUGGAGAAGCCUUACUGAAGAAUAACACUUACUGGCCUCUUGUUAGUGAUUUUAUUAAUAUUCUUUCUCAUCAAAGUGUGGCGAAGAGGUUUUUAGAGGAUCAUGGCUUGUUAGUUACAUGGAUGAACUUUGUUUCUUUCUUUCAAGGUAUGAACUUGAACAAGCGAGAACUCAAUGAGCAUGUGGAAUUUGAGUCUCAGACCUACUAUGCUGCCUUUGCUGCUGAGCUUGAAGCCUGUGCACAGCCAAUGUGGGGGCUCUUAUCACAUUGUAAAGUUAGGGAAACUCAAGACUAUACUCGAAAUGUUGUAAGGUACUGCCUUGAAGCUCUUCAAGAUUGGUUUGAUGCUAUUAACUUUGUAGAUGAGCCAGCUCCUAACCAAGUCACCUUUCACCUGCCACUACAUCGUUAUUACGCCAUGUUCUUGAGUAAGGCGGUGAAAUGUCAAGAACUAGAUUUGGAUUCACUUUUACCAGAUCAGGAAAUGUUAAUGAAACUAAUGAUUCACCCACUCCAAAUUCAAGCAAGUCUUGCUGAAAUUCAUAGCAAUAUGUGGGUGAGAAAUGGUCUGCAAAUAAAAGGACAAGCCAUGACCUAUGUCCAGUCUCAUUUCUGUAACUCCAUGAUUGAUCCGGACAUUUACUUGUUGCAGGUCUGUGCUACUAGACUUGACCCGGAUUAUUUUAUAUCGUCUGUCUUUGAGAGGUUUAAGGUGGUGGACUUGCUGACCAUGGCAUCACAGCACCACAAUACAGUGCUUGACGCGGAGCACGAGCGGUCCAUGCUGGAGGGCGCGCUCACGUUCCUUGUGAUCCUUCUGAGUCUGCGGUUACACUUAGGGAUGUCUGAUGAUGAGAUUCUCAGGGCAGAGAUGGUAGCCCAGCUGUGUAUGAAUGACAGAACGCAUAGCUCAUUGCUUGACCUUAUCCCGGAAAAUCCCAACCCUAAAAGUGGCAUUAUUCCUGGAAGUUAUAGUUUUGAAUCAGUUUUAUCUGCUGUAGCUGAUUUUAAGGCUCCUGUUUUUGAACCUGGGGGCUCUAUGCAACAAGGCAUGUAUACUCCCAAAGCUGAAGUCUGGGAUCAGGAGUUUGACCCGGUCAUGGUCAUUCUUCGAACAGUGUACCGCCGAGAUGUGCAGUCUGCGAUGGACAGAUACACAGCAUUUUUAAAACAGAGUGGAAAAUUCCCUGGCAAUCCCUGGCCUCCUUAUAAGAAAAGAACGUCACUCCACCCCAGCUAUAAAGGUCUCAUGAGACUUCUGCACUGUAAAACUUUACACAUCGUGCUGUUUACUCUGCUUUACAAGAUUCUGAUGGAUCAUCAAAACCUGUCUGAACAUGUGCUCUGCAUGGUGUUGUAUCUGAUCGAGUUAGGCCUUGAAAACGCUGCCGAGGAUGAUUCUGCGGAAGAGGUAUCAAUGGGUGGACCAGAACGUUGUCAUGACAGUUGGUUCCCUGGCAGCAACUUGGUAUCAAACAUGCGACACUUUAUAAAUUAUGUUAGAGUACGAGUCCCGGAGACUGCUCCUGAGUUGAAAAGGGAUUCGCUUGCCAGCACGAGCUCUGAUGGUUUAGGCUCUUUACAGAAUUCUGGCACCGCUCAAGUUUUCAGCUUAGUAGCAGAGCGUAGAAAAAAGUUCCAGGAGAUCAUCAAUCGAAGCAACAGUGAAGCAAAUCAGGUGGUUCGACCCAAAACUCCAAGUAAAUGGUCAGCUCCUGGUUCAGCUCCCCAGUUGACUACAGCCAUUUUGGAAAUUAAAGAAAGCAUAUUGUCUUUGCUAAUAAAACUUCACCACAAACUCUCAGGAAAACAAAACUCUUACUAUCCACCGUGGCUUGAUGACAUAGAAGUUUUAAUACAACCAGAAAUUCCUAAAUACAGUCAUGGGGAUGGUGUAACUGCUGUAGAAAGAAUAUUGCUAAAAGCAGCAGUACAAAGCAGAAUGAACAAGCGCAUUAUUGAAGAGAUAUGCAGAAAAGUGACCCCUCCCGUGCCCCCCAAAAAAGUCACUGCAGCAGAAAAGAAAGCUCUGGACAAGGAGGAGAGGCGACAAAAGGCUAGAGAACGGCAGCAGAAAUUGCUUGCAGAGUUUGCCUCACGACAGAAAAGCUUUAUGGAAACCGCAAUGGAUGUUGAUUCUCCUGAGAACGAUAUUCCCAUGGAAAUUGCCACAGCAGAACCACAAGUUUCUGAGGCUGUGUAUGACUGUGUUAUUUGUGGACAGAGCGGUCCUUCUUCUGAAGAUAGACCUACAGGACUGGUUGUACUGUUACAAGCAUCGUCAGUUUUAGGACAGUGUCGGGACAAUAUGGAGCCGAAAAAGUUGCCAAUCACAGAAGAGGAACAGAUUUACCCUUGGGACACUUGUGCGGCAGUUCAUGAUGUGAGGCUUUCAUUAUUACAACGCUAUUUUAAAGAUAGUUCUUGCCUUUUGGCAGUAUCAAUUGGCUGGGAAGGAGGUGUUUAUGUGCAAACUUGUGGCCACACAUUGCACAUAGAUUGUCAUAAAUCCUAUAUGGAAUCAUUACGGAACGACCAGGUUCUUCAGGGUUUCUCAGUGGACAAAGGAGAAUUCACAUGUCCCCUUUGUAGACAGUUUGCUAACAGUGUUCUUCCAUGUUAUCCUGGAAGCAAUGUGGAAAAUAACCUUUGGCAGCGUCCUUGUAACAAAAGCACACAAGAUCUCAUAAAGGAAGUGGAGGAGCUUCAGGGACGGCCGGGAGCUUUCCCAUCAGAAACCAACUUAAGUAAAGAAAUGGAAUCUAUAAUGAAAGAUAUAAAAAAUACCACUCAGAAGAAAUACAGAGACUAUAGCAAGACCCCAGGCUCACCAGACAAUGAUUUUCUCUUUAUGUACUCUGUUGCUAGAACCAAUUUGGAACUGGAAUUGAUUCACAGAGGAGGCAAUCUGUGCUCGGGAGGUGCAAGCACAGCUGGGAAAAGGUCUUGUUUGAAUCAGCUGUUCCACGUAUUAGCCUUGCACAUGCGGCUUUAUACUAUUGACUCUGAGUAUAACCCGUGGAAAAAACUCACCCAGUUGGUGGAAGACGUGAGUUCACAGCUGGGGAAUGAAGAGCAGCAGCCUGAAGUUCCAAUCCUUUAUCAUGAUGUGACAUCCCUUCUGCUCAUCCAGAUCCUAAUGAUGCCACAACCCUUACAUAAAGAGCACUUCACCUGCAUUGUCAAAGUCCUCUUCACCCUGCUGUAUACACAGGCUCUGGCAGCGCUUUCAGUUAAGGGCAGUGAAGAGGACCGGUCAGCCUGGAAACACAUUGGAGCGCUUAAAAAGAAUACAUGUGAUGCAGAAAAGUCUUACGAAGUGCUGUUGAGCUUUGUUACAAGUGAGCUGUCUAAAGGGAAGUUAUACAAUGUGGAAGGGACGCAGGAGUGUGCGGUGGUUAACCCUAUUGCUUGGUCUCCUGAGUCCAUGGAAAAAUACAUACAGGACUUCUGCUUACCUUUCCUCAGGAUCAGCAGCCUUCUUCAGCACCACCUCUUUGGGGAAGAUUUGCCAAGUUGCCAGGAAGAAGAAGAAUUUUCAGUUCUUGCCAGCUGCCUGGGACUUCUGCCAACUUUUUACCAAACAGAUCACCCAUUCAUCAGUGCCUCAUGUCUGGACUGGCCUGUUGCAGCAUUUGACAUUAUAAGUCAGUGGUGUUUUGAGAUAAGAUCAUUUACGGAGAGGCAUGCAGAACAAGGAAAGGCCUUGCUUAUCCAAGAGUCAAGAUGGAAAUUACCACACCUGCUACAGUUGCCUGAGAAUUACAACACCAUUUUUCAGUACUACCAUAGAAAAACCUGCAGUGUCUGCACCAAGGUUCCUAAAGACCCCGCUGUGUGCCUCGUCUGUGGCACUUUUGUGUGUCUGAAAGGACUGUGCUGCAAGCAGCAAAGCUACUGUGAAUGUGUGUUGCAUUCUCAGAAUUGUGGUGCUGGAACAGGAAUUUUCCUCUUAAUCAAUGCGUCAGUGAUCAUCAUCAUCCGAGGCCACCGCUUCUGCCUCUGGGGCUCUGUCUAUCUGGAUGCUCAUGGGGAAGAGGACCGAGACCUCAGGCGAGGCAAGCCCCUGUACAUCUGUGAGGAGCGGUACAGAGUUCUUGAGCAGCAGUGGGUUUCUCACACUUUCGACCACAUCAAUAAAAGAUGGGGUCCUCAUUACAAUGGACUGUGACGUACACCUCAGCAUUGCAUAUACUAUUAUUUUCACUGAGAUUGAUUUUAUCAACAGUAAGCUUUAAUUUAAUCUGGGGGAUUGAUGUCUUUGCUGAGGGCUAAAGAGAAAACAUACAUUAUGAAACCUUCCCAAAAUUAGGUGCUUGGUAACCGCAUCAAUGGUAUAAUAUUUUUUUCUCAAGUAUCUGGACAACAAAUAAGAUAAAUCAUUCUUUAGUGGCCAUUUUUUAAGUGCACAAUUAAUAAAAAGCACAACUUGCCCACAAAAAUCAUUCAGAAAUGAUUUUCCCUACAAUGCCCUUAUUGGCUGUUCACUGAGAGAGAGGAUGUGAUUUAUUUGAAGUUCUACUGCUCUUUCUGUGUUUUAAUUUGCAUCUGCUAAACAUAAUGCAUCUUUUUCUUUGUCAUCCUUGUGUUGAUUUGAGAUUUUUGCUGUAUGUAAUUAGAAAAAAUGUAAAACAUGAUUUAUGUGAAAUAUUGUAUAGUAAAAAUUGGUCUAACAGUAGAACUUUUAAAUUUUUUCUUAUUGUGAGGAAUCUGUUAAAAGUUUAAGCUUUGCUGAAAACUUAAUUCAUUCUCAGGAAUUUCAUAAAUGCUUUCCCUGGGUAAAUAAUUGAACUAGCUGUAAAAUAGAUAGCUGCUGUUCGUAUAGUACAGGCCCUGGGGGGAGGGGCAAGGCCUGUGUGUUUGGGGAGGGCUUUAAAAACAAAAAUUUGUGGGCUUCAGGGUGUAGCUCAGUGGUAAAAUGCUUAGCUAACAUUCACAAAGCCUGAGUUUCCUCUUAAGCCCCACACCAAAAAAAAAAAAAAAAAAAAUCAAUUUACCAUUUUAAUUGAAUGAAUUAUUAGAGUUGUUAGUGCCGAGUAGAUGUUACAAUAAAAUCAAAAGGGUUAAGAACACGUACAUGGCAGAGUUUUGAUUCUGUGCAUGCCCACCUUGUGUUACCAAGCACGCUCUGGAACUCUCCCAGCCGACUGAAGAUGCUCGUCUGUGUUCUGCUCGUGCAGUGUAAUCGCUGCUGUUCUGUAUGGCCUCCUAAAGAGGAAAGGCUUAGAGGUACUGACCCUCAGGAAUGAGCCAUCCUUCUGCUUUAGACACUGCUCUGAAGAGCACCCCUUGUGUGCAGGGUUUUUAAUUCUCAGUGGGAAUGAGCGAGCUAAAAUUCACUCAGUAAGAGGGAAAGAAGAUGACAGAAAAGCAUGUUUUAUUGACACCAAGAUUUUUUUUCCAGGUGAUUCAAUACUUUAAUGAUUAUUUUACACAUAGUACUAUCAAGCAGUUCCUGGUACUUUGGAUUUCCAUGGCUUGUUUUAUAAAAUUACAUUUUUACUUGUGGAAGUAAACUAAGAAACAUUGAAUGAAAAAAGUAACAUCAGCCCCAUGUUCCAAAAUAUCUUUGAAUGACACGACAUUACAGAAUAUGAAAAUUAACAUAAGAUGAUGGCUUUGCACCAAAAUAAGGGAGACAGAGUAAUAUGCCCUUAGAUCUGUUCAGAGUGUCAGAAGAUUGCCUGGAGUGCUUUAUGAAAAUAUGGGGGAAUAAUUUGCUAUUUUUAUAUAUAUUUCCAAAACAGUGAACUAAUUUUCUGUCAGGCUAGAAUGGUUUGCUGUGGUAAACCGCUGUCCUCCAGCACCUGCUCUUUAAAGGACUGUGCUGUAAGUUCGCCCUGUUACCUUUCUGCAUCGGUCAUUAUGAAUACCAGACCAUUUCUAAGUGUGGUUGAAGAGCAAAAUGCUAAUUACGUCUCUAGUGAAUACUGUUACAGGAUUCAUGAACUUGAAUAAUUCUACAGUUUGGAACUCUGAUGCUAUAUAUACAUGGUAUAAUGUAUUCAGACUUUGAUCACUACAUAUUUAAAUGGAAUGUUUAUGGUGUGCAUAUGGAUGUGAAGUGAAAAUAAUUAGCCUUAACUUUAAAAUUUGGAUAUUUGAUAGUGUUUAUUUUGAUAUUGGUGAAUUAGUCACCAGUAAAUUUUAAAAAAAGCACUUGGUUGAAAAUUGUACUUGAAUACAUACAUGCAUGCUGCUAAAUUAGAACUUUCAUUUCCCCUAACUUUUAUAAGUCCCAUUUAUAAACCCACUUUUAAAAUAACAGGUCCAAGUUAGAGUGAUGUGUGUAUAUUAUACAAAAAAAAAUGUACUGGUGUGAUCUUGUAUGAAUGAUCAUUUAAAUACAGUACAUUACUGUAGAAGCGAAAUCAGCCUUUAUAAUUAAGCAGAAAUUACAUAAAUAGGAAUAAUUGACAUUGUAAGAUAUGUUAAUAAAACCUACUCUCAUUUGCUUUGUGCAAGAUCCUUAAAAUGUUGAAUGUUUAUGUCUUCUUUUCCAGUGGUGUUGACAAUGACACAUGUGAGUGCUGGUAUAGUUAAGAAUGCAUUGCAGGGAGUCAGCGGUAGGCCUGUGCACUCUUUCCUCCUCCUGCAGGACCAGGUCCUGUUUCUUUUGUGUGGGCUCAUGAUCAUCACACCUUUCCAGAGUGUCUGUGUUUGGGAGUAGAAGAAUGAUGCUCCCCUGACCCUGCUGUCUGCCGAGAGUUCCCACCGAGGAUUGGAAACUGCUUCCUAAGCACAUUUGUUUGAGUAGUCUGUGAUGAGAACUGUCAGUUCACAGUUCUCAUCAGGCCACCUGUGUUGUAUAGCUCACCAGCUAUUUAUUCCGUUUAUACAUACUGGUAUUUACUGAUUUCUUGAUCUAUAAAAGAUGCUGACCAUAAGCACUGAAGGGGAUGUCAUCCAAGACCUUCCAUACCACCUUUGGGACUGGAACUGCUCAUUCUCAAAUUCCUUUUCUUGGCUUUUUUUGAGUUCAUGUUGGAAAACAACAAAAUAAAGCACCAACAAAAACAGAACCCGUCGUUUUUACCACCAGAAUCAACUCAGCAGAGUACAUCUCCUGAUAGACCUAGUCGUUAACAGCUGUGGAGAGGGGAUGGAUGAAGCCUGCCUCAGUCCUGUUCAUGCCAGUGCUCUCCUCAGGCCUUCUAACUGGCUGGAUUAUAGCAUUCUUUAAUUCACAGUGAUGCCUGGAAUGGGCAGAAUGUGAAUCACAAUCACUUCUCUGUUUGCAACACUUUAAAACUCCCAGUCACCAUGAACUGAGGGAUCUAAUGAAGUCAUUAUUUAAAGAGCA